GUCUCCGCUUCCCCGCCCCUCCCGGCUCGCUCUCUCUCUCUCUCUCUCUCUCCAGCGACGGGCGCUGUGAGGUAAAUAGAAGCGGAUCUCAAAAUGGCGGAGCUGCCCAGUCCCGUGCGAGGGGCGACGGUGGCGCCUCUGCCGCCGCCUCCUCCUCUUCCUCCCUCGGCUCUGGCCGUCGACGCCCGCGUCUCCCCGCGCGGGCUCCAGCCGCCGGCCGCCAAGCGCCUGAAGGGAGGGGACGAGCGCGGCUUCAAGGCGGCCAAGCGCCUCAACGGCGAGGGCCACAGGCAGCCUCCGCCUCCUCCUCCUCCUCCUCCACCGCCUCACAUCCCCGUGGCGUCUUCCCCGGCGGGCCCCGCCGUGUGGAGCCUGGCCGCCUUCUCCUCAGGCGGGGGAAGCGGCGGCCCGACCGGCGGCGGCGGCGGCGGCUCCUUCGUCUUCCAGCCUCAGCUGCCCCCUAAGUUGCUUCUUCCGCCGCCUCCUUCUCUCUGCCUGGCCGGCGUGGAGGGCCCCGGCGGGGCCAAGAGCAAGAAACCCAAGGAGAAACGCGAGAAGGAGAGGCGGAAAACCCUGCCGGGGACGACGACAACGGCGGCGGCGGCGGCGCCUCAGGGAAGCGGCCGGGAAGAGAACGGCGACCUGAAGAUGCUCCUCCAGCAGCACCACCAUCGGCACCACCAUCGCCCAGGCGAUGAAAUCAUCAGAGAAAAAACCACAGAACGAGACAAGGAAAAGCAGAAAGAAAAAAAGAAGCACAGAUUAAUGUCUGAAAUUAAAAAAGAGAAUGGAGAAAUGAAAUUAUUUCAGAAAGACAUAAAAGAAAAAGUGAAAAGCAACGCAGACGACCUACAGAUUAAAAAAGUAAAGAAGAAAAAGAAAAAGAAACAUAAAGAGUGCGAAAAACGGAAGCGUCCAAAAAUGUACAGUAAAUCUAUUCAGACCAUCUGCUCAGGAUUGCUUUCCGAUUUUGAGGAUCAAGAAGCCAAAGGCAUUGUGGAUCACGACCACCACCACCACCACCACCACCAUCAUCUUAAAGAUUUCAAUGAGAAACAUAAGAAUCCCAAGAAGGACUCUGAGUCCAAGAGAGUGGACAGCAGUGAGUUUCCCUUUGUCUCAUUAAAGGAGCCGCGGGUUCAGGAUAAGCUGCAAAGGUUGGACACGCUGGAAUUCAAAGAGUUCAUUCAUGUGGAGCACCAGCCUAAUGGAGGUGCCUCGGUGGUUCACGCCUACACGAAGGAGCUCUCCCACUUGUCUCCUGUGGAGAUGGAGAGAUUUGCAGAAGAAUUUCUGGCUCUGGUUUUUAGUGAAAAGGAGAACUGUGCCGCUUACUAUGUAAUGGGAAUUGUUCAUGGGGCAGCUACUUAUUUACCUGACUUUUUAGACUACUUUUCAUUUAAUUUUCCUAAUUCGCCAGUAAAAAUGGAGAUUUUGGGAAAGAAAGACAUAGAGACUACGACUAUGUCCAAUUUCCAUGCUCAGGUAAAAAGAACAUAUUCCCAUGGUACAUACAGAGCAGGCCCGAUGAGACAAAUCAGCUUGGUUGGAGCAGUAGAUGAGGAAGUUGGAGAUUAUUUUCCAGAGUUCCUUGAUAUGUUGGAAGACUCACCUUUGUUAAAAUGUACUUUACCAUGGGGGACUCUUUCUAGUCUUAAACUAGAAAGUCGGAAAGAUAGCGAUGAUGGUCCCAUCAUGUGGGUACGUCCGGGAGAACAGAUGAUUCCUGUGGCAGAUAUGCCAAAGUCGCCUUUCAAAAGGAAAAGAACUACCAAUGAAAUUAAAAACCUGCAGUACCUACCUCGUACUAGCGAGCCUCGUGAAAUGCUUUUUGAAGACAGGACGCGAGCACACGCAGAUCACAUAGGACAAGGGUUUGAACGACAGACUACAGCUGCUGUUGGAGUGUUAAAGGCAGUGCGUUGUGGAGAAUGGGUUGAACAGCCUCGCAUAACCAAAGACGUAAUUUGUUUUCACGCAGACGAUUUCUUAGAAGUAGUUCAACGAUUGCAGUUAGAUUUGCACGAGCCUCCACUUUCCCAGUGCGUCCAAUGGGUGGACGACGCAAAACUUAACCAGUUACGAAGGGAAGGCAUCCGAUACGCCAGGAUUCAGUUGUACGAUAACGAUAUUUAUUUUAUCCCACGGAAUGUUAUACAUCAGUUUAAGACGGUUUCAGCGGUGUGCAGUUUGGCGUGGCACGUGCGGCUCAAGCUCUACCACUCGGAGGCCGAAAACCAAACCGCCUGCGACACGGAUCCCCCGACCGAUGCCACGUCUUCUCUGACGGGACUUCAGACUGUGGGUGCCACCCUUCCCGCAGACGUCCACGCCUCCGAAGGAACCAAAUUCUUAAGUAGCCUUCAGACGAAAUGCGUGAAACAAGAGGUUUUGUGCCCGCCACACGAACCCGAUUUAUCUCUCCAGAAUCCCGAGGAGACCCUUCCCGUCGACCUUCCAGAAAAGAUGGCGGCCUCCAGUGCUGCAGAAUGUCCGAAAGUGAAAGCGAGACUGGAUCACGCAUAUUUGACAGGGUGGAGACUUGAGACUGACCAGAACCCUGAGCCUGGCCACAAAUACUUACAGGACAGCUUGUGCCCCGGGGGUCGUGUGAAUCUGAAAGACACGAGACCCAGGAGCUCAUCUUACCCAAGUCUGCAUGGCAAACCAGAAGAUGAUUUUUUGUGUUAAGUGUGUCUGUGUGUGCGUGCGUGUGCGCGUGGGCGUGCGUAUAUGUUUUUAAAGUACUUUUAAAAUAUAAUGACGACAAUGUAAGGAGGCUUACAUUCUGUGAGGCAGGAUGUCUUUUCCUGGCCUGCUCUUGCAGUUGUGGCAACAUAAAAAUAGUACAUGUAGCUUUGUAACAUUCCUCAGUGCCUGUCCGUAACUGUAAACUGUUUGAAAGCACUUAGGGCCAGAUGCACUGUAAACACUGCAGGUAUAACAUAAAAAAAGUCUUUAAAUAUGAGUUGUAGGUUUUAGAAUAGAGCUGACAUUUAACAUAUAUAUUUUUUGUAAGAUAAGCCAGAAUUCUUUUUGACAAUUCCAGGCUUUUCCAUAGAGCUUAUUUAUAUCAUUUUUUUUCCUUUUUAAAUGUGUCAGCACUGUAGUGUAAAUAGCCUUUUUUU